AGAAUGAGGUGUUUGAUGCCGCCGAAAUCGGUCAUGUACAAGGACCAAAUGGAUCGGUUGUUGGUUCGGCAUCGUAGAUCCUCUCGAGCUAUGGUAUUCAUCUUGAAUUCGUUGGAUUCACGAGAUCAAGACAUUCUUGCUUCAAAGGCGCGAAUCACUAGCGCGCCCUCCCAAACGGUUGAUCAAGAACUUUACGCUCCCGUGUUUCGUAAUGUAUCCAUGUUCAAGAGGAGCUACGAACUCAUGGAGCGUACUCUCAAAGUAUACGUAUACAAAGAUGGAGAGAAACCGAUCUUUCAUCAACCGAUACUCAAAGGGUUAUACGCCUCCGAGGGAUGGUUUAUGAAACUCAUGGAAGGAAAUAAGCAAUUUGUCGUUAAAGACCCCCGAAAAGCUCACUUGUUUUACAUGCCGUUUAGCGCGCGGAUGUUGGAACACACGCUCUACGUACGUAACUCUCACAACCGCACAAAUUUGCGACAAUAUUUGAAGAAUUACGCAGAAAAAAUCGCUUCCAAAUACCCGUUUUGGAACAGAACCGGUGGAGCGGAUCAUAUUCUUGUUGCUUGCCAUGAUUGGGCUCCGUAUGAGACGAGGCAUCAUAUGGAACACUGCAUCAAAGCACUGUGCAAUGCCGAUGUUACCGCCGGCUUCAAGAUCGGAAGAGACGUCUCCCUGCCCGAAUGCUACGUUCGUUCCGCCCGAAACCCGCUCCGAGAUCUCGGAGGGAAACCAGCUUCUGAAAGGCAUAUCUUCGCCUUCUAUGCCGGUAACAUGCACGGAUAUUUACGUAAAAUCUUGCUCGAAUAUUGGAACAACAAAGACGCGGAUAUGAAAAUCUCGGGCCCCAUGCCACCCGGGGUCGCUAGCAAGAUGAACUACAUCGAACAUAUGAAGAGCAGCAAGUAUUGCAUCUGCCCGAAAGGGUACGAGGUGAACAGCCCUCGGGUGGUGGAAUCGAUCUUUUACGAGUGCGUUCCCGUGAUCAUCUCGGACAAUUUCGUCCCCCCGUUUUUUGAGGUGUUGGAUUGGGAGGCGUUUUCGGUCAUCGUGGCCGAGAAAGAUAUUCCCGAGUUGAAGAAGAUUCUCGCGGCGAUUACCGAUGAAAGGUAUCGAGAACUGCAGAAUGGAGUAAAGAAGGUUCAGAAACAUUUUCUAUGGCAUGUUAAGCCACAAAAGUAUGAUCUGUUUCAUAUGAUUCUGCAUUCAAUUUGGUACAAUAGGGUUUUCCAGAUUAAGCCCAGAUAAGCCAUGCUUUGUGGGGUUGUACUUUGUGCAUUGAUAAGUGUACUGUAAAUAUUGUAUAGAGUAAACGAUGAUUUCCGUUUUUGUAGUUCGUUAAAAAUAGCGAAUUCCG